AUGUACAUCGGAAUCCCUUUAUACGUUUUGGUUAGAGAGUUCCACCCUCUUCAGCCAGCUUUGGAGAUCCGGCACGCAUUCCAGACGUCUCACGGCCCCAAUGGGGAAAAGUCAUACGACAGGCAACAGACCUGGAAUCCACCCAUCAUCAUGUGCAUCCGAAAUGGCGAAUUGGAGAAGACAGUCAACCAAGUUCGAAACAACAUCACCGGGAUAUUUGACAAACUGCUGGCCGAUCCGGAAAAGUACCGCAAAUGGACGACAGAGUACUUUGAGGAAAAGGAGGAAGAUUUCCAGACCCAAAUCCUACGCGUCCUGGGAAGGUACUACAGGAGAGAUAUUGAAGAGCAUUCGACUCUCAAGGCAGCCCUGAGGCUCCUAUGGUUCGAGUAUCUGCUCCUGAACAAAUUUACAGUUCCAGCCGAUGCCGUACUGAGCCUUGAAGCCAAUCUCGGAUCGAAACGCCCUGUUGGUGCUCCCCGGCAUCUACACGUCAUACCCGACACUAUCAACCGCUUUCUCAAAGCCAUCAUCCUUCCCCUGGCCGAGAAAGCCGCAGAAAAGCUCAUAAAAAAUCUUCACGAGAUGAUGUUUAAGAUGGCCGUCACCCAGAAAAUGCCACAAGGUCGCAGAGAUCUGGUUCUUUGUCUGCUUUUUGUCCUGGUGAUAUUCCUCGGCCGCACCCAAGUCGCCCUUCUCCUCCUCUCCCAUACCCCUGCGCCCGAGAUCGGUAUGGAGUACUCUCAGGAACAAGCGGAAUCCAAGAUCGAAGAGAUGGAACAAAUAGUGGGCGACUACCUCCUGUCCUUCCACAGAUACACCUUGAGCAGAAUGUCCUCCAGGUCGCCGGUGACGGCUAGCGAGUAUGAUUCUCCAAGUGAACGUCACGCAAGAGAGUUCGAUUUGGAGAACCGACUACGCAAAGAGGUCGGGGGCUACGCGUGCGAGAGACCCGAGAGGCUGGAGCCGGGUGAUUAUCAGAUGAAUACGUUCCAAUACAUGAAUGUUCGGCGGUUAUGUUGGAAGGUUAUUGACAAUUUGAAUUGA